GCACUGUGAGGACGUGAAAGGAGAUACACAGCUUUGCCUUUUUGAAGCCUAUUUUGGGAGAAAUGUAGCUUCUUCCCAUAUGGAUGGAGUUUGUAUGUUCAGCCUAAGCCUGGGGUGGUAACUGGCAGGUGCCUGCAGCAUCCUUUCCUUUUUUGCCUUACAUUGUGCUUGACGGCAGAACCCGAGUGGCAAAGAUGGUCACCGUAAGGAGGAGGAACGUGAAAGUGUUUACCUUCGCCUUUCUGCUCAUCACGGUAACGUCGUUUCUGCUGAACUACACGCACCAGGUGACCACCAACACGUGGGACCCGAGGCACCUCAUCAUGCAGUUUUCAGAGCAAGUCCAGAAGCUCUUCAAGUACCCCAAGAGACCCUGCAGCUGUCGCACGUGCAUCUCGGAGCUGGGACGUUCCCUCUGGUUCGAUCAGAGAUUUAAUUCAACUAUGCAACCUUUUCUGACCUCACAAAAUGCCUUGAUCCCAGAAGACAGCUACAGGUGGUGGCUGAAGCUGCAAGGAGAGAAAACUCCAAAGAAUAUUAAUGCUACCCUCAAGGAAUUGUUUGGGAUCAUUCCUGGGGAUGGGGACCCCCUGCAGGAGCGAGGCACUUUCACAUGCAGACGAUGCGCUGUCGUGGGCAACUCUGGGAACCUGCGGCAGUCACAGUAUGGCCAAGAAAUUGACUCCCAUGACUUUGUGCUCAGAAUGAACCGUGCCCCCACGGCUGGCUAUGAAUCGGAUGUUGGGAGCAAGACCACGCACCACUUCGUUUACCCUGAGAGCUACAAAGAGCUGGCAGAAAACGUGAGCAUGAUCCUGAUCCCCUUCAAAACGCUGGACCUGCACUGGGUUGUCACCGCGCUCACCACAGGCACCAUCAACUUUACAUAUGUUCCAGUUCCACGGAAAAUCAAAGUCAAAAAAGAAAAGAUCCUGGUUUAUAAUCCAGCUUUUAUGAAAUAUGUCUAUGAAAACUGGCUUGAGCAUCAUGGAAGAUACCCAUCCACGGGCCUUCUGUCUUUGAUGUUUGCACUUCAUGUAUGCGAUGAGGUGAAUGUGUAUGGUUUUGGAGCAGACAGCAAAGGACACUGGCAUCACUACUGGGAAAACAACGCCUCAGCCGGGGCUUUCCGGAAGACGGGUGUCCAUGAUGGGGAUUUUGAGUUCAAUUUAACUUUGACUCUCGCAUCCAUUGAAAAAAUAAGCUUUUUCAAGGGCAGAUGACCCUGGCCAUGGGGAGAAGUGGGGGCUGCAAUUUCCAACAUGCAGCAGAACAAGGCUCGGUGAAGAUGAUGUGGGCUCCAGCCAGGUUUGAACGCGUGAAUCUGCGGUGGAUUCGGAGCAUCUCACUGCUGCAAUGCUCACCGCAGGGAGCCCGGCCGAGGACCGGCUUUCACGCUGCACGUGAUCUCCUAUCCACAGAUAGCUGGGAACUACCAAUCAGUUGUGGGAAUAAAUGAAUCUCUGCUUAGGCUCUACAGCUUGAUUCCUGACUGACUGAUGAAAGAUCUGCCUGUUGCAAAUAGGGGAAACCUGGGCACAGCAGCUGCUGGUUGUGUGUCCGUUCUUUCCUCGAGUAAGGCAAGAGAUCUUUGAAGAAGAGUGAAAACUUCUGGGACUUGAGACCUGCUUGGGCAGCUGUUAACAUCAUAGUAAGGAUUACCUCAAAGAAAUGAAUUCACUUCUGCUGUUGAUCUUUUUGAACUGUUUCUGCUGUUUGCUGUUACUACUUUUGGUUUCAUGCUGUGUUAAGGAAAAAACAUGAUGAAGUUGCCUGGAGUAGUAAAUAUUUCAACCAUUGCCUCAUUCUGCAUUGAUAGCAUUUAUAAACACGGAGCAAAUCAGGCCCAAUCAUAUAUUAUUUAAUAUUGCUUCCUAUACAGCCAUAAUGAGACAGGAAACUCCAGCAAAAAAUUGGCCUUUUUAGCCACUUGUUUGUCUUGUUUAGUUACAUAUAAUCUUUAUUUCUUUUUUGUUUGGUGGAAAACACUCUGGAAUGCUCAUUUUUAUUUAAUCGAUUGAAGGUUGGAAUGUGGACUGUUUUCUUUCAGUCAUUUAUAUGUGCCUUUUCAAUUGUGCAACAGAUGUGAUUUUCUUUUUUUAAGAUGAGAAACCCUAAAUUAAACUUUUUUAUAAGGGGGGGGGGAAUUAACCAAAGUGUAGCCUCCAUGUGGUAUACUUUUGUAGUCAAAACCAAUAGCGACAGCUCCUAUAUUGUGUUUGAGCAAACACAAACAAGACUCAUUUUUAAAGGUAGCUUUUACCUUUUUUAUGGGAAAAUAUCCCAAAAGUUCCAAGGAAACUUUUUCCUCUUAUUUUUUUACAAUUCUAGAAAGUGAUAUCUCCUUACAAGGUCUCUAAAAGUGGAAGAAAUAUCAUGGGUUGGAAUAUCAGCUACUAAUACACCAAGAAUCUUUUGCCCUGUAGCAGUGUCUACAAGAACACAAUCUACACAAGCUGAUCCUACAGUGUAAGCCAGACUUCAAAAUCAUGUCCAUCUCUGGAGGAAGGAGUGUAUUAAUGUCAGUACCUGUAGGCAGUGAGAGGAGGGAACCGACAGCAGAGAUUUUGUAUCUUCUGAUUUUCAUUGGAAUCAAUGCUUUUAAUCCUCAAGGACAGAUAAAGUGUGAAUCCAAGAACAGAGUUCAGGUAAUGAAGAAGGGAGAACAGGUUUUUAUCCUUCUUGAUAUCAUGAAAAAUAGGAUUCAUGGAUUAUUGACCCAUUUUCACCUCUGGUGAAGACAGGGGAGUUCUUGCCACAGACUUCAAGGGACUUCCAAUCAGGCUUG